AUGUUGAAAAGAAUAGCGCCAACCCACCGCGAUUGGGGAGAAACACGCAAACCAGGACGUACCCCGCAGCUCGCCAGCAUCGACACGCGAAUCUCGUUUUCUCAAGCAAAGCUCUCGAGACAAGCGUUGAAACGAAUCUCCCGUCCACUCAGGCUAGAGGCAAGCCUUCUUGCUAGCCCUCCCUUGCUCCCCCUAGCGCUGCUCCCCCCUCCCUUGCUCCCCCCUCUUCUACUCCCCUCCCCUGCUCCCCCUUGUGCUGCUUCCCCCUCCCCUGCUCCCCCUUGCGUUGCCCCCCCCUCCCCUGCUCCCCCUUGUGCUGCUCCCCCCUUCCUUGCUCCCCUUGCGCUGCUCCCCCCUCCCUUGCUCCCCCUUGUGCUGCUCCCCCCUCCCCUGCUCCCCCUUGCGCUGCCCCCCCCUCCCCUGCUCCCUCUUGCGCUGCUCCCCCCUCCCCUGCUCCCCGCUGCUCUGCUCCCCCCUCCCCUGCUCCCCCUUGCGAUGCUCCCCCCUCCCCUGCUCCCCCUUGCGCUGCUCCCCCCUCCCCUGCUCCCCGCUGCUCUGCUCCCCCCUUUCCUGCUCCCCCUUGCACUGCUUCCCCCCUCCCCCCCCCCCCGCUCUUUCCCCGUAUUAACUGUUCCACCCUUCCCAUAUCCUCCUACCAUGCUCGGUCGUGCGUCAGGUCUUCCCGUCUCACAUUCAAGUACGAUGCUCAGCAGCGGAUUCGUCAAGUUUUGA